AUGGCGAAACAUAGCGAGAACGAAGUGUUUGAUGAAACCAAUGAUGAGAACAGUGGUGUGACGGAGACCCUGUGUAAAUGGAUCGUCGGCCUAGAGAAGAAAGAUAUCCCAGAGGACGUGUUAGAAAGGGCAAAGCAUCUCAUACUAGAUGGCAUUGCAUGUGGGCUCGUUGGGGCUCACGUCCCAUGGUCGGAGCAGGCAGUGGACGCCGUACUAGCCUAUGAGCCUGAAGGCCAAUGCAACCUCAUAGGAUACGAAGAAAAACUAGGUCCUCUUGCAGCGGCUUGCCUAAAUGGCGGCUUCAUUCAGGCUACUGAAUUAGACGAUUACCACAGUGUUGCACCGCUGCACUCAGCUAGUGUAGUGCUUGGUUCCCUCUUUGCUGCCGCACAGGUGAAGAACACCAAAGUGCGCGGCUCUUCCGCCAGUGGACAGAGUAACGGAACUCAGGAGCCCGGCCGUACAGUACCCGGUAUUGAUUUCCUCAUCGCCGCCGUCGCGGGGUUCGAAACUGGACCCCGCUCAGGCAUGGCAAUCCAUGGCACGGAUCUCCUCGUCAGGGGCUGGCACUCUGGAGUCGUCUUUGGUUGCCCCGCUGCGGCUGCUGCAUCUUCAAAGCUCCUUGGUCUAUCAGCCGUCAAUACUGAAUCAGCCAUUGGCAUUGCCUGCACACAGGCCUGCGGUCUCAUGGCAGCCCAGUUCGAGGGAAUGGUCAAGCGGAUGCAGCACGGAAUUGCGGCCCGUAACGGUCUCUUCGGUGCUCUUCUCGCCCGUAAUGGCUACGUUGGUAUCAAGAAGGUGUACGAGCGUAGAUAUGGUGGAUUUCUGAACAUGUUCAGUCAAGGGAGCACCAAGACGCCCAGAUACAAUGUCCAGGAGGUCGUCGCAGGGCUUGGCGACGUGUGGCACACUUCCCGUAUCCGCUUCAAGCUACAUGCUUGCGUCGGCGGUUGUCAUGGACUGGUAGAAGCGGUAGAGAAACUCCAGAAAGAUCAUCCGCAACGGUUUGCUCGCGACGCCCUGAAGAACAUUAAGAGCAUCAAAGUUGGUUUAUCAGAAACUAUAUUGCACCACGAUGGCUGGGCACCCCAUGAAAGGCCCCUGACGAGCACGGGAUCGCAAAUGUGCGCCGCUUACAUCAGUGCGACGCAAUUGAUUGAUAAUCAGGUCCUGAUCGCCCAAUUCGCCGACAGCCAGCUGAACCGCGACGAGGUCUGGGAGCUAGUGAACAAGACAACUUGCCAUCAUGAUUCUCAAUUCGAUUACCCAAAUCUUGGGUGUGGCGCCCAUGUCACUGUUGAAUUUCAGGAUGGCACCAGCCUCGAGGAGACAGUUCGAAUGCCGAAAGGUUUCGACCCGCCCAUCACUAAUGAAGAGAUCCGAAACAAGUAUCGAAGGCUGGCCACCUCGGUCAUUGAUGAGGAGCGGGUAGAGAAGAUUGAGAAACUUGUGUUGACGAUAGAUCAGCUUCAAGAUAUCUCGGAACUCCUGGCGGUGCUGGCAAAGCCUACAAAGAGCGGAGUGAACUAG